UAUAUAUGCAGCCUUUUAAUACGGAUUCAGAUAACUACAAAUAGUAAUAAUAAAUGUGGAUAUUUAUAUUCGCAUGUGUUACAAACAAGUGACCAAAUACUGUGUGACGUGUACCGGGCGGGCAGAUAUUAUAUUAAAUGCAUUGAACUGAAGGUAUACCAGCCGUCAUAACGCUUCAUAACCUCUGGCAGCAGAUGAUAUGAUCUAUGAAAGUGUUACAUCCCUGCAACAUGUGGGCUACAUCGUGAUUUCCCUCUCACAUUCACAUUAUAUCCUCCUCGGUCUCCCGUUUAAAAGAUUAGCGAGCGUGGCUCUCGGGUAUUUAUUGUGUAUUACGUCUUGUAUCGGGACUUUUAGUGCCCUCGGCAGGCUCAGACGGGAACCGCCGAGGCAAACGUAUCGGCUCUCAUGUGGUUUUGGGAGACUCAUUGUGUGGGUAAAUGGUAAAUGGUAAAUGGACUGCAUUUAUACAGCCCUUUUCUAAUCAGUGGCCAUUCAAACCACUUAUAUAUUUUUAAUACUGCCUCACAUUCACCUAUUCAUUCACACAUCGACGGCGGAGUCAACCAGGGCGAAAGCCGGUUGGUUGGGACGGGAGCAGUAUAUGGUGAGGGGUCUGGCUCAGGGACACUUCGGCACUCAGGUAGGAGGAGCCGGGGAUCGAACUGGCAAUCUUCCGGUUACCAGCCAACCCGCCUCCUGAGCCACAUGCCGCCCAUAUUAUAGCGCCCUCUGGAGGCUUGAACGGGAAUCGCCGAGGCAAGCAAACGUCGGCUCGGAGGUUGUGGUAGGGGAGGGAGACUCCUUGUGUCCUGGUGGAUGAACAGAGCGCAGACUCGGUGGAUGGCUGGAUGACAGCGGCUGCUGGUCCCACCGACACACCGCUGAUGUAUGCCGGGUCAGACGGAAUAUACUGCAGCGAUGCACAUCGACAACACGGUGCCUGCCUUACGUUUUUACUGAAGCUGGCUUUUCACGCUUUCGCUAUUGUCCACAUGCCAUAAUAAAGCGACACCGUUGCCGACCCCACGGACUCCCCGGUCCCCUGAUCCGUCCACCUCACCGCGAUGAGCGGCACAAGGACACCGCUAUGAAGCCCGACCAGAACGGAGGCUGCUGCUGGUGGUGUCUAGUGGGGCUGUUCCUGCUCUCUUUGUUUAUAGUGUUGGCAUGGCUCGUCCAAUAUUCACUAGCCACUGUGCGUUCGUGGAGGGCCAAGGAUCUCGUAGGCAACAGAGCAGCCCGUCAUCUUCCCGUUAUCCACCAGGAUCACCGGACAGACACGGGGGGCUGGCGGGGCUUCCUGCUCAGGCUCAGGCCAGGCCGUAGUGGAAGAGCUGUUUCAGAAGCAGGGGCUAAAGGCUUACUCUCCACCCUGUUUUCUUUCAAGUCGUUCGGGGAACCCUGGCAGAGAGCCUGGGUGAAAGCCUUGAAUGACCAAGCUUGCAGGCAUGGGAGCUCCAUCCAGAUAACCUUCGACAGCACUCUGCCACUGACGGCCUCCACUGCCAUCGAGCGUGUGACAUGCACAGACCAAUCAGCACGCAGCAUGGUCUUGCAUUGUGACUGCCGCCUGGACUCUGUCACGUUUCCAGUGACGGUCACGCAGCAGUCGCACGCCGCCGUUUCCAUGGACACCUACCAGGUCACCAUAGAGCCCGUAGUGGCGAAGCUGGUGGCGUCUCUGGAGGAGGCGAAGGAGGGGGGGCUGCUGGUGUCCUGGUCCCUCUCCAAGCAGCCGCCGUUGGCCCUGCGUGUGUCUCCACGCAAGCUCCACAAACAGGGUGCGGAGGGCGAGGCGGACCUGAACACCAUAAAGGCGCUGGUGGAGGACGCCCUGUACAGCACUCAGCCCUCCCUCGUGCUCAGCCUCCGGUCCUGUGAGAGCAGCGCUACCGUCACUCCGGAGCACCAGUCUGGGUGGCUGACCCCUGCUCCCCAGUGCGUGCCCGUCCACCGGCUCACGCUCCGCCAGCUGAGGGCAACCUGCCAUAAAGGCCAGUGGACCAGCCCAGCUGAGCUGUGCUGUGUGUUGAGUCUGGACCAGUCAUCCACAGAGAAGAGGACUGGGUUUGUGUGCGUACCCGGCAGCCCGGCCUGCUCACUGGGCUGGAGUGAAGACAUAACAUUGGAUCUGCAGCCCGAGACCAAAGAGCUGAGGAUAAGACUCCUGGAGCAGAGCGGCGCCAGAGAGCAGUUCCUGCCUGGGCAGGCCUCCAUAGCGCUGGACGUGGGGGGUAAGGGGCCCACCGGGCCCCUCACGGUGUCGGUGAGCCCCGGGCACGGCCUGGCCCCCGACGUCACCGUCACCUUAGAGCUGCUGUAUGUGGAGUCGGAGGGGUCGUGCGGGGGUCACAGCCCCUCGUCGCUCCGCAGCUCGCUGACCCCGACCAAGAAGGUGGACGUGGACCGCACCAUCAUGCCGGACGGAACCAUCGUCACCACGGUUACCACAGUCCAGUCGCGGCCCAAAGAGCGCAACCAAGGUGAAUCCCCAUUGCCCUCCCCUUACAAGGUGGAGGUGACGGAGAAGGGACCCACAGUCCUGUCGGACAGCAGGGGCAGCCCAGGUCCCAGCUUGAGCCCCCCAGUCACCAACGGCCUGGACCCCGUAGCGGAGACGGCCAUCAGGCAGCUGACGGACUCCUCGGGCAGAGUCUCCAGGAAGACUCCGACUAAAAGGAGCACGCUCAUUAUCUCAGGGGUGUCAAAGGCCCCCCUCUCAGAGGACGACAACGCGUUGUCGAAGGGCUACGCGGCGGCCAUGGACGCCGCCAUGCACGCCAACCACCAGGGGGCGCUGCCGCGGCCGGACCCGGACGAGAGGACGCCGUCGGACGCGUCGGAACGGCCCUCGGUCGACGACGUGGAGUCCGACACCGGCUCCAACGGCGUCAUGGAGACACGCAGCCUCAAGGACCACAAAGUGGGCUUCCUCCGCAGCGGCUCCAAGCUGCUGUUCCGCCGACGGCGCCGGGACAAGGACCCCGCCGUCAGCCAGUCCCACGAGGACCUCUCCCAGACGGGGGAGGGCGCCGGCGCGGCCGCCUCCGCCCCCGCCGCCUCCACCCUCAAGCGCAAGAGCUCCGGGAGCUUCUCGCGCCGCCUCAUCAAGCGCUUCUCCUUCCGCUCGUCGGGGAAGUCCAAGAGCGGCGGCGCCGCCAACGGAGGAGCCGGGGCGCCGGGGAACUGAUCGCCACGGCGACCGGGAUCACAGCCACGCAGGGUCACUUUAUUCGGUUGGAUCGGCGGCGGCGGCGGACGUGGGUGUUGGCGCGGACCUCCUCUUCGACCUCGGUUUCGUGUGCUGUUGCUGACGGUGCGCUAAGCACUAUGACAUCAUUCAUGACAUCACAGACAGGUGGGCGAUGCGCCCCGGGCGGGCGAUGCUUCACCUGUCGGUCUCUGCAAAGACUCCCCUGGGAAGGACUCGGAGAGAAACACCUGCACUUCAGGACAACAUGGGAGCAGUCGUAAGGAGGUAUAACGAGUGACACCUCAUGUGGUAUUUAAGGUGUUUUCCUUAUUUUGGGGGGGUUGUAAGCUCUGCUGCUGGGGAUUAGAGGGUCAUUGAGUAAGAUUUGGAGACUGUUCGACAUGGGCAAUACGACCAGCAAUAUACCUGUGGAUUGUUGAAACUUGCAUUUCUUUUUUUUAUGCCAAUGACUAAAACGUUUUAAUAUAUGUUAUUCAAAUUAAGGCUUGGAAUAAUGUACUUACUGCACCUGGCAGGUGUAGUAAAUACAUUAAGACAUGUGUGGCCAUUUUAACUUUGUGUUCUGACUACUGACUGUAUAGACAAAGAAACAAAACAAACCGUACAUAGUGCUCCUUCUAAUUGUGAAUCGGAUACAAAUGAUGAAAUGCUGUAUGCGCUUUUAUACACAAGGGGGCACUGGAGAUGGGAUUGUAACUGUAACAACUAUUUAUUGACAUACGGAUAUUACUAUUGUUUGCACUCUGGUUACCGUUUUUAUUUUGUUGUCAUUAGCACAUUAUUUUAUGAACUGAUUGGAGUCGCAUAGGACUUUAGGAAAAAGUGAUGUACUACUCUGACUUAAAAAAUUCAAGUGCUAUUUUAGCGCUAUUUGUGUUGAGUUGUAUAGUAGGCUAUAAACAUUGAUUUGUGUGUUUAAUUUUAUUUUGUAUAGUAAAUUAAAAUAAUGUACUUAAUAAUUUACGAGUUAAUAAAUCAAUGCCUCGAUCUGGAAUUAGGUGUACAUAAAAGUCUUGCUUAUACAUUUGGGGUUUUUAAUAAGGUUUUUUAAUGUAACUUAAUGUGGGAAAACAUUGCAGGUAUUGUUUUAUAUUGUUUGGUAGUUCCAUGAAUAGACAUACAAUGAAAUAGUAACACAUGUACUCAAACGCUCACAAAUCAAAACAUGUUCAUUUUUAUUUGUUUGUAUUUAAACAACUGAGUGAAGAAACAAUUGCAGCCUACAGAGAGCUUUGCAAGCAUAACAACCCUACAUAAACUGUAUAGCAAUAUAAAUAAAUAAAUAACUGCAACAGGGGAACCCUGAACAUCAAGACAUAGAAUAUAGUCUAAAUUCUUCAUUUCCAGUAGUAUUUUCAAUAAAAAGCAUUUAAGUGUCAUGUUAUGCAUGCAUGUUUACUGUAUUCUAAGGGUGUAAAACCUUUUGCAGCAAUUCAUUUUUUCUUUCUAUUUUAUACAGAAUAAUUAUCUGGUAACGGGUGUGGCAAGCACACUGGCAAUUAUGUAUUGGUGUCUUGUGAUCUUGCAGUUACCUCCACACAUCAAAUAACAUUGUUCUAAUAACUUUUACCUCCAUAAACCUAUUUACAAGCAUAUAAUUUAAUUCAAGAAAUGUCCAUCAGCAAUAUUGUUAUAGAUUUGUAAAUAUAUAAUUCAGGUUGAGUAAAAAAACAUUGAAUCUGGAGCUACAGGAUAUAAUUGAAUUCAACAGAUGCUGAUUUCUCAGGGCUGUAUGUCAAUAUACUGUACAAGAGAUAUUUCCUGUCUGUUAGUAUUUGUUCCUCAAAAGACAACCUUAGUAUGGGAACUAAGGAAAGAUGGUAUGUUAUGUGUGCAAUCAUUAAGUUCAGAACUGCUAAUUUAAGACAUUUUCUACUGUACGAAAGAAUAGAGUUCUUAGAUAGAAAGAUAGGGUCAUGACCACCAAAGUUCAAAAGGAAGCCAUCACCCAAUGUCAAUAAACAUCUUACAUCUGCGUUUGACCUUUAAAUUCGCCAAUAAAACCACAGAAAAAUGUUGUGUAAAAGGUAAGGCAACUAUUGUCAUAUGCCAUUUACAAUUUGAAAUGCCCUCAAUGUGAAAAUAAUGUUUACUAUAUUGCAAAUAAAUUAUUUUUCAAGCCUCUCAGUCUAGAACAGAUGUGUGUGUAGUUUGAUUGGCCACGGUUACAGAAUGUGCAGAGCGCCAAAAUGUUCAAAGUUUAAAAAAAGCUGUCCUGAUUGCCGCUAAAACUUGAGAGGCGGGCACAUAAACCAAUGGCACGAAGGAGGGAAAAUCCUCUUCUCUAACCGCGAACCUGAUUGGUCAUAGGUGAAGU